AUGAGCGAAACUGCCCUUCCCCCAUCGUUCCGUAGUCUUUACAGACUAGCGUUGAGGUCUAUUUCAGCUAGUGUGCGGCACCAACCAUCGGCUACUCGAAGCCUAAGAACCAUAUGGCGCCCCACCUUUGAAGCAGCAGCUUCGGUCUCUCACCGUUUGCAGGACCCGGAUACCUCGCCGGAGGAGCACCAAAAGCUGGAGAAGUGGCACGCAGCCUGGCAAUCACGCAUGGACAACACACUGUCGCUGCUAUGCGACUCGGCCACCUCAAAAGGCGUAGCCAAGAAGGCCAUCCAGAACCUCAGCUUCCUGCACCGCUCACACCGGACAUGGGUCCGGGAGAGGUACUACGGACAAAAGAACACAUGGAAGCCCAAUCUCGGACCCGGCGAGUAUCAUCCCCCGACCCUUCCUUCGCGUGAGGGCCGUUCCCGCUUUUACAAGAACCUGGAGCGGAAACAAAACGAUCGGGUGUACGACGAGGACGCAUGGAACCCCUUGAGCGAGCUAGUCCAAAUGGCGGAAGGCAGCGAUGGCGUCUCCCUCGGGCGGAUACGGCUGAAGCGCUGGAAUCGGUCGUAG